AUGCAAAGCUGCUCAAUUCAAAUUAGGGUUGUUAUUUUCCGAAAAGCUCCACUUGCAAUGGAAACGGCCUUUUUUAUUGACAAACAGGGCGAUCCCUCAAAAGCAUCUUUGCAUUCAAAAAAAUGCUUGAGAAUCGAGGAAAUUUGCCGUGCUCAAUCAUCUACACCUGCUCUCAUCCAUGCUAGAUCUGCAUCUAACAAGCCUAAGAAGCAAAAAAAUUCCAAGGACUUGGGGAAGCCCAUCAAGGUUGCACCGAUCAAACCCACAAUUACAGAUAUUUGGAACUGUGUCACUAAACCUACAUCUAGCUCCGAUACUGUAUUUAAAGCCCCACUGGUCCAAAGAACGAUCCCUGAAGCCUUGCACCCUGGCGCUUCAUAUAAUCCCUCAAAAAAACAUCAUAAAGAGGCAUUGGCAAUGGCUCUUAUUAGAGAAGUUGGAAGAAAAUCAAAUAAGGAGCUUUUUUCACACGCCAAAAACACCCGGAUUUGCUUGCCCAUCACUCCAGCAGCAGAUCUGCAAAUGCCUUCAUCUGGUGCUGGCCAGAGUGCAGACAAUGAGCCUCUAAUUGAGUGUCAAAAUCCCACAGAUAGCUCUUCACCAUCCGUAUCUAGACAAAGCCAGCGUAUUUCACAAUCAAAAAAGGCUGCACGCCGACGAGAACGAGAGUGCAUCCAAAAUGCAAUCAGGAAGAAAGAACUUAAAAAGUUGAAUUUCCAAAUCGACAACAUCGAAAAGCUAUCUUCUCAAAUCUUGCUCAAACCAAAAUCUAAGCGAGAACCCAAAAAAUUCGGAAAGGACGUUAAAAAGUUCGAAAAGCCGAUUUUCCCAGUUUUCCUGAACUCGGAAAUCCCCUCUUCAUUGAGAGCUAUCGAAUGCUCAGCCACGGCACCAUUUGUUGACCAGUUCAAGAAAUUACAACAAAACCGUCUUGUUGAGGUUAGAGUGCCUUCGCUCAAAAAGCGAAAGUAUUCGUUGCGAAAAUACGAAAAAAGGUCGUAUAAAAACUUUGAACAGGCCGCUGCUGUUAAAUCACUGGCUGUUGGCAGCCAACCCUAA